AUGUUCAGUUCCUUGAUGAAACAGCUGAGUUGUUUUAUCAACACCACAACCCAGGGCAAGGUUCUUGUCACAGGGGCGGCCCGCGUCACAGCAACAUCAAGCAACAACCGGUGCCCGCGUGUUGCAAAAUAUUACAGGCUCAUGUGCUCCCUUGAAUGGAUAGCACACCGGUUGGCACCAAGUGUUCACAACUUCAAGUUCUUCGUCCAGUUCGCCGACGACCUCAGUCAAAGGGCGGACCGGAGCGUGUCGGAGCUCGAGAACGGCGUUCUGAGCCGUCUGAACAGGAAUGGAUGCCGUCAAUCACCACAGAAGAUGCACCUCAGGACCAGGGAGUGGGGGCAGGACCCGGUGAAGCUCUUCGCCAACAUGUACGAGCUCAACGAAGCAAUCUGCCACAACUUUGCCACAACUAUGCUUCUUGACAUGACUUCGCUGGACGGUCAGAUCGCCAUGUCACGGCCGGCAAAACAACCCUGA